GCGGGGGCUGAUGCGGCCGUGCGCCCGACCGCACGCGAGGCGCGGGGAGUCGCCGCUGGAGAGGGGCUCGGCGCCCGGCGGGGACUGCAGGCGAUGACUCAGGAUGCAGCCAGGGGCCACGACGUGCACGGAGGACCGUAUCCAGCACGCUCUGGAACGCUGCCUGCACGGCCUCAGCCUCAGCCGCUGCUCCAGCUCCUGGUCAGCCGGGCUGUGCCUCAACUGCUGGAGCCUGCAGGAGCUGGUCAGCCGGGACCCCGGCCACUUCCUUAUCCUCCUGGAGCACAUCUUGCAGAAGACCCGAGAGGUCCAGGAGAAGGGCACCUAUGACCUUCUCGCCCCCCUGGCUCUGCUUUUCUACUCCACUGUUCUCUGCACACCACACUUCCCACCCGAUUCAGAUCUCCUUCUGAAAGCAGCCAGAACCUAUCAUCGAUUCCUGACCUGGCCGGUUCCCUACUGCAGUAUCUGUCAGGAGCUGCUCACCUUCAUUGAUGCCGAACUCAAGGCCCCAGGGAUCUCCUACCAGCGGCUGGUGAGGGCCGAGCAGGGCCUGCCCAUCGGGAGUCACCGCAGCUCCACCAUCACCGUGCUGCUGCUGAACCCAGUGGAGGUGCAGGCCGAGUUCCUCGCCGUGGCGGACAAGCUGAGCACCCCUGGGCACUCCCCGCACAGCGCCUACACCACGCUGCUCCUCCAUGCCUUCCAGGCCACCUUCGGGGCCCACUGCGACCUCCCAGGUCUGCACUGCCGGCUGCAGUCCAAGAGCCUGGCCGAGCUGGAAGACAUCUUUACGGAGACGGCUGAAGCGCAGGAGCUGGCGUCUGGCAUCGGGGACGCGGCCGAGGCCCGGCAGUGGCUUCGGACCAAGCUGCAGGCGGUGGGAGAGAAAGCCGGCUUCCCUGGGGUCUUAGACACGGCCAAGCCCGGCAGACUCUGCACCAUCCCCAUCCCGGUCGCCAGGUGUCACAGCUACAAUUGGAAUCAGGACAGUUUCGACAUCCUGCAGGAAAUUCUGCUCAAGGAACAGGAGCUGCUCCAACCAGGGAUCCUGGGGGACGAUGAGGAAGAGGAGGAGGAGGAAGAUGAGGAGGAGGAGGACUUGGAAACGGAAGAGCAUUGCGCCCAGAGGGACUCCCUGCUCUCCACCAGCUCCUCCGUCUUCCACGACUCCACGCUGUCCCUCGCCUCGUCCCAGGCCUCGGGGCCCACGCUGUCCCGCCAGCUGCUGACCUCCUUCGUGUCCGGGCUCUCGGACGGCGUGGACAGCGGCUACGUGGAGGACAGUGAGGAGAGUCCCUCCCCCGAGGGGCCCGGGAGGCCCGGCAGCCAGGGGCGCAGGGCGCACCGCAGGCCCGGGCAGAAGUUCACCAGGAUCUAUAAACUGUUCAAGAGCACGAGCCAGCUGGUGCUGCGCAGGGACUCCCGGGGCGCCGCGGACGCCGCGGACGCGGCCCUGCCCCUGCGGCGCGCGGGCAGCCUCUGCAGCCCCCUGGACGGCGCGGCCCCGCCGCCCGCGCGGCCGCAGCGCUCCCGCUCUCUGCCGCAGCCCAGGCUCAGCGCGCAGCUGCCCAGCUGGCUCCUGGCCCCCGCCUCGCGCCCCCAGCGCCGGCGCCCCUUCCUGAGCGGGGAUGAGGACCCCAAGGCGUCCACGCUCCGCGUCGUGGUCUUCGGCUCCGAUCGGAUCUCCGGGAAGGUGGCUCGGGCCUACAGCAACCUGCGGCGGCUGGAGAACAACCGCCCCCUCCUCACACGGGUGUUCAAGCUUCAGUUCUUCUACGUGCCUGUGAAGCGAGGCUCCGGCGCCUGCCCCACCCCUGCAAGCCAGACGCCCCCACUCCCCGCGGACUCCCCCAGGCAACCCAGCCCCGUAGAGCUGGAGAGCACCACUGAUAUCUCCCACUACCUCGGCAUGCUGGACCCCUGGUAUGAGCGCAACGUGCUGGGCCUCAUGCACCUGCCGCCGGAGGUCCUGUGCCAGCAGUCCCUGAAGGCCGAGCCCCGGCCCCUGGACGGCUCCUCCGGGCGGCUGCCCAUCCUGGCGGACAUGCUGCUCUAUUACUGCCGCUUCGCCGCCCGGCCGGUGCUGCUGCAGGUGUACCAGACGGAGCUGACCUUCAUCACCGGGGAGAAGAUGACCGAGAUCUUCAUUCACUCCUUGGAGCUGGGUCACUCUGCUGCCACACGGGCCAUCAAGGCUUCUGGUCCUGGCAGCAAGCGCCUGGGCAUCGAUGGUGACCGGGAAGCCAUCCCUCUAACACUACAGAUUAUUUACAGCAAGGGGGCCAUCAGUGGGCGAAGCCGCUGGAGCGACAUGGAGAAGGUGUGCACGUCCGUGAACCUCAGCAAGGCUUGCCGGAAGCUGGAGGAGCUAGACUCCAGCACGGAGGCCCUGACGCUAAACCUGACCGAAGUGGUGAAGAGGCAGAACCCCAAGUCCAAGAAGGGCUUCAACCAGAUUAGCACGUCACAGAUCAAAGUGGACAAGGUGCAGAUCAUCGGCUCCGGCGGCUGCUCCUUCGCCGUGUGUCUGGACCAGGAUGAGAGGAAGAUCGUGCAGAGCGUCGUCCGGUGUGAGGUCUCGCCCUGCUACAAGCCGGAGAAGAGCGGCCCGUGCCCCCAACCCCAGAGGUUCCCGGGCCCCCACGCCCAGGCCUCACCCGACCUCUGCUCGCUCCUCUGCCUGCCCAUCAUGACGUUCAGCGGAGCUCUGCCCUAGCGGGGCCCUCAGCAGCCGGCCUGGGAAGCCCUGGGCAGGCAGCCUCCUCGGAGCCACUCCCCACGGCCCCACGCUCGCUCCCUGUGGAGAACUGAACCGCCCUCUGUUGCAGGCGGUGGGGGCUUGGUGGAUUCUGGGUCCUCGGGGCUCCGUUCAGGAAAGACACAGGCAUUGGGGAGAGAGCGGCUGGCCACCCAGCCCCUCAGAUUCCUCUUGGGAGACUGGAGAGGGAUGGACAAGCUGACCUCCAAAGGCCCCGGCCACUAGGGUGGUCUGGGAUCCUUUCUAGAAAGAUCUGAGCCUCUGGUGCUCUGGGGUCUGGUUUAGGCCUCCUCUCCCGACCUUGGCCAGACCCCCUUUUACUUUGUCAAAGACUUGGGGAACCCUUUAUAUCUGCAGUUGAGUCCCCUCUACUCUGGAGUUCAGAUGGGAGAAACAAGGAUAGGAAUUUGUUUCCAGACUUUCAGUACCGCCCCCCACCUCUCUCUCUCUCUCUUUCUCACAUUAACACACACACACACACACACACACACACACACACACACACGCAUGCAAAUUCCCCGGGUCUUUUGAAAAACAGCACUAAUCCUUCACCUGCCUCCAAUCAGGACCUGGAACAUUCACUUGCAAGCCCCUUAUGGAUCUGCGAGCCUUGGGGGACAGGACAGCCAUGGAUUCGAUAGCAGCUCAGUUAACCUAGCUAAAUGACCAGAAGGAAGUUAAUUAGCGUUCUUGAGCCUCCACUUCCUCUGCGCCAAGACCUUGGGGUGGGGGGGGGUGGACAAUUGUCCACCGGGCCCCUGGCCCAGUGGCUGGCUCCUGGCCAGCCUCAGGAAAGAUUAGCAGCCUCACCCUUAGACGCCGACUCCCCCUGUCUGGCACCCACCCCUGGAAGGAAGCUCUCUCUUCUUUCACACCUUUCCGAUUCAUCAUGAGGCAGGACCGAGACUGAGGGGGUGAGGAGUGGUCAGUUUUACCUUCCGAAGGAGGAAUGACCUUGGGCGAGAUCCCAGAGUGGGGUAGAUCGAGAGCGUGGCUUUGAGGGGCUGCGCGCCUGGCUGGGGUGGACGGGUGGCCGAACAUGAGAGCCAAAAGGGUUAAAGCCUCCAGAUCCAGGUGGUUCGGAAGCUGGAAGCAAGCUCAGGCCAGGGUAAUCGGGUGGAGGGCAGGGCUGAGGACCAGGAAUUCGGGCGGUAGAGGUGGAGAAAGGGGCCGCGGAGGAAGAUGACUGGAUCCCACCCAGAGCCCCUCCUCUGCCUCCUUCCCCGCUUCGCCCGCUCCAGAGCUUGUGGGCUUGCGGGAGCCCCUGAGACGCCAGCCCAGAUACAGCCUGAGAGACGUGAACAGAGCGGUCCCCCCUCCCCGCCCCCCACCAGCCAUCUGCCCCUGCUCCAGGCUCCAGAGAGCAGCCGACCAUAUACCUUUGAUCGUUUUUGUUGUUGUUGCAUGAACAAGUUCUACUACAGGAUAAACCUAUCCAAGAAUGAAUGAAGAAAAUUUAAUAUUAUUUUCAAAUAAAACUUGGUUAGUCUUGGACGCAAUGACCUGCCGUUAUCUUGCUGCCC